AUGUCCAACCCUCAGUUCUGGUCCACUCCCUUCCGCUACCUCCGCUGGGCUGCGCACGAAAGACCAGCUUACAUGGGUGCCUGUCUCCUCGGCUUGUCUGGCCCCGUCUUCCUGGCCACUAUUCCUCCCAUCCGCCACGCGCUUGGUGAUGUCGACCCCGAGCCUGUUCCUCUGACAUAUCCCAUCCCGCAGGGUCCGCGUGUGAUCCCCCAGGGCUACGAAGACCAAUAA